UGAAAUCUGUUUUGCAAAAAUAAAAAAAUGCAUUUGUUAAACAAAUAUAACAUUGUGUUCCCUACAAAACUGCAUUGAGUGUGGAGUCGUGUCGAAUCUCUUAACUUUACAAACUAAAUGUUUACAUAUACAAAUUCAAUGAGCAAAUGCAUUUUACAAACAUUGCUGCCAGUAUACACUUUUUCCGGUGGCAUAUAAUAUUUGCCCCUCGCUUAUUAAAUGCAUCUUCUCUGUGUAAAGUCCAUCAAAAUGGAAAUGAACCCAGCCGCAGCGACAGCCACAGCCACAGGCGGCGGCAGAGGAGCAGCAAGAAGAGAACGAAUCGAGGAUGACGCAUCCACACCCACAUCUUCAACUACAUCAACGCCAACACCCGCCUCCAUUGCCGCCGAUUACAUGCGCAAUUUCGAGAACAUCAUAGAGCCAGGGAAGGUGGCCUCCAUGACCAGGGAAUUCAAUCCGCAAGUGGCCUACGAGUUCGAGCGCUAUCUGAAUCCACAGAAGCUCAAACAGCACGUGCUGGGCAGUGAAAAACUGCGCUCCAUACUGGAGCACUAUGCUCGGGAGACGCAGCAGCCGCUGAAGAAGAUGCAGCAGCAAGCCAAGGCUAUCAUCGAUGAGAUUGGGCUGGACAGAAAUAUGGCUAUAAUACGUUGGUGCGGCAUUGCCAUAACGGCCAUUGGCCAACGGAUCUGUGAUGGUUUCUAUGUUAAUUCGGCCAGCAUGGCCAAUGUGCGCAAGGACAUGGGACGGUGUCCGGUCCUGUAUUUGCCUAGCCACCGCAGCUACAUGGAUUUUAUACUUAUGUCCUAUAUAUGCUACUACUACGACAUUGAGAUACCUGGCAUAGCAGCAGGAAUGGAUUUCCAUUCAAUGUUCGGCAUGGGCACAAUGCUUCGGAAAACGGGAGCCUUCUUUAUGCGCCGCAGCUUCUCAAACGACGAGCUGUACUGGGACAUCUUUCGGGAGUACAUGUAUGCCUUGGUGGCCAAUUAUCACAUUGGCGUGGAGUUCUUCAUCGAAGGCACACGUUCGAGGAACUUUAAGGCUCUGGUUCCCAAGGUGGGGCUAUUGUCGAUGGCCCUGCUGCCCUACUUUACUGGGGAGGUGCCUGAUGUGAUGAUUGUGCCUGUAAGCGUGGCCUAUGAGCGGGUGCUGGAGGAGCAGCUAUUCGUGUAUGAGCUGCUGGGCGUCCCAAAGCCCAAGGAGUCAACCAAGGGCUUCUUUAAGGCCCUCAAAAUAAUCGACGAACGCUUUGGCAAGAUGUUCCUGGACUUUGGCGACCCCAUUUCGGUGCGUGAGUUCUUUGGCCAUGACAGUGGGCAGCGCAUGCAGCGAGCCGGUGUGGGCGGGCAUCUCCAGAAGCUUAAUCGGCAGGAGAUCGAGCUGGUCAAGCAGCUGGCCAACGAAAUCAUCUACCAGCAACAGCGUCGCAUUGUCAUCAACACCUUUAACCUGCUCAGCCUCUACUACGCCAGCCAGCUGUAUGCCCAACGAUCGGCGAACAUUGACGAGCUAUCACGCGGCUUGUUGCACCUGAAACGCAUCUUUAAUCAGCUGGGUGCGCAUGUCAGCGUCAAGGCAAGCAGCAUCAAGGCGGACAUCAUUGACGCCGUCGAGAUACACUCGAAUAUUUUGCAGUUCUCAAAGGCAAGGUUAGAGUUUACGCCGCUGGCGGCCAAACAGCUGGCCACACAAAUCGAUGUGAAGCGCAUGAAAGCGCAUGCCUUGUGUCCCUCGACCAUGGCCGUGGCUGUGCCCAUGCUGGCGUUGCAGCUGUAUGUGAAUCCGUGCCUUUUCUGGCUGGCUAGACCCGCCUAUCUGCUGCUGGCCGCCCUCAAGGAGCAGAGGAAACAGGAGGAGAAGUUGAGCAGCACCAAUAGCUACUCCUACGACAGCACUCUGUCGGCUCUGCAUUCGCAUGUGAGCAUCAUGGAUACUCUGUUUCAGCACGAGUUCAUCAUCGAAUCGAAUCGGGAGGCGGUAGAGUUUGAGACUCAUCUGCAGCUGCUGCUCGAUGAGAAAGUGCUGGACCUGGAGGAGAGCGGUAGGAUUAGGGUGCAGGACAACGAGUGCGCUCAUGUCAUACUGGCCGCCCUGGCGCCCUUCUUGUGUCUGUACUACCAGCUGGCUGUGACGUUGCGACAAAUACCCUUUGACAUCGAGUUCAGCAACAAGGAUCUGCUGGUGCGCGUGCAGAAGCAUGUGGAACAACUGUUGCAGCAGCCAGGCGGUGCCGCACCUCAUGUCCAUCCGUAUUGCCUCGCCCUGGACAAUCUCAAUAUUGCCAUCCAAGCGCUCAUCCAGCGUGGCUACAUUCUCAAGUGCCGCGACUCAGGACAGAUGCGCGUAGCUGAUGUGCCCGGAAAGUGCCUGCGGGAGUUAGAGCGACAGCUUUUGGAGUAUUGCCAACUGAUGCCCUUUGCCCAGUACUCGAUGGCGGCCAACCAGCAGGCACAGUGCCACAUAGCAAAGUUAUAACUGGCAAUGGCAAACGGCGUACUGGCUCCCGCCAAUCAGCCACCAUCCUCCACACAUUCUAGUACAAUUUCCAUUGCUUUGUUCAUCCAAUUCAUUCGUUUCAUUGUCGGCCUGCUCAAGAAUUGUCGCAUCAUCUGCAUACUGUUUGUUUUUGUGAUUUUGGCGCCGCUCUGGCAACUGCUGCGUUGGCUCAUUGCAUCAUCCUCAACGCAUUCCCCAACGUAGGCUUAAGGGGACGUCCAGUAUAUGCCUGCUUCUGGGUUCAGGGGUUCUGGCUGUAGCGUGUCCUUAGCGAAUAUCUUUAGGUCUAAGAUAUUAAUCGUUUCAACCCACAAAAAUGCCAGAAAAAAAUUCUUUAAACACAAAAUCGAAUUUUUGUAGGCGAACGAUUUUUAGAAAGCCUGCUGCCGAACGCAGGUUGCACUUUCGCAUGACACAAAAUAAUUUAGAAUACAUUUUAGCACACAAAAGGGAAACGAAACCCUUUUUCUUGCCAAACAAAAUUCGGACACAAA